GAAAGAAUAUGCCUUUUGGCGGACAUUUACAAAUGUACAGUUUCUGACUUCCUAUUAUUGUGGUGUUGUCAGUUUCUCUAGUGUUUUAUCAACAGAUGCUGUUCGUGUUAUUCAGACGGAAUAAACAGACAUAUGUUAUAGCUUCUGAUUUUAUCUGAAGCCAUGAGUGAAUUCAGGAUACAUCAUGAUGUUAAUGAGCUUCUCGGGCUGCUUAAUGUCCGAGGAGGAGAUGGCGCUGAGGUUUAUAUUGAUUUACUGCAGAAGAACAGGACUCCUUAUGUGACCACAACAGUAUCUGCACACAGUGCUAAGGUCAAAAUGGCAGAACACUCCAAAACACCUGAAGACUUCUUAAGGAAAUAUGACGAAUUGAAGUCAAAGAAUGCACGCAACCUUGAUCCACUGGUGUAUCUGCUCUCCAAACUCACUGAGGAUAAAGAGACAUUGAAGUUCCUGCAGCAGAACGCGAAGGAGAGAUCAGAAAUGUCUGCAAAUGCAGCGUCCAGCACCACCACGUCGUACAGCAUUCCUGCAACCAGCGGAAAAAUGUCCAUGCAAGAACUGGAGGAGCUGCGGAAGAAGUUGGGAAAUGUCACAGCCAGUUCCAAUGUGCCUCAGUCUUCUGAGGUAAUUCGUAAAAUGCUGAGAGACCGACAUAACAAGAAGAACCCCACUCAGCCAAACCCUGUGUUUCCAAACUGGGUGUAUGACCGGCCUGCGCUGAUUGGGGAUUUCAUCACUAGCCCCACGCCUGUGGGAGAUCCAGUGGUGGCUAUUGGUACAAUGCCGCUGGCUGCACAGGAACAAGCUCUGGUUGAGGACCUGUUGUAUGUGCUGAUAGGUGUGGAUGGGAGAGACAUCGCUGCUCAACCUGUGCUCGGCAGACAGAGCCGCUCUUUCAUAGUAGAUCCUUCCCUCGACAUGUCCAUCAAAGAGCUGGUCAGCCGGAUAUUACCGGUGGCAUCGUGUUAUUCCACUAUCACACGCUUCACAGAGGAGAAAUCGUCGUUUGAGUACGGUCAGGUGAAUCAUGCCUUGACUGCAGCCAUGAGGACUCUGAUGAAGGAAUAUCUCAUCCUGGUGACCCAGCUGGAGCAUCUCCACGGACAGGGCACACUCUCCCUGCAAAAGCUCUGGUUCUACAUACAGCCCACCAUGCGCACCAUGGAAAUCCUGGCCUCCAUCGCCACUUCUGUUGACAAGGGUGAGUGUAUGGGCGGCUCGACCCUCAGCCUGCUUCACGAUCGUACCUUCAAUUACACCGGAGACAGCCAGGCUCAAGAGCUCUGCCUCUAUCUGACCAAAGCAGCCAGCGUCCCCUACUUUGAAAUACUUGAGAAGUGGAUCUAUAGGGGCAUCAUUAAAGACCCAUACAGUGAAUUCAUGGUUGAGGAACAUGAGCUGCAAAAAGAGAAGAUUCAGGAGGAUUAUAAUGACAAAUACUGGGAUCAGAGAUACACUAUUGUCCAGCACAGGAUCCCAUCAUUCCUUCAGAAAAUGGCAGAUAAGAUAUUAAACACAGGCAAGUAUUUGAAUGUUGUGCGAGAGUGUGGUCGUGACGUAACCUGUCCAGAUGCCAAAGAGGUUCUCUACACGCUUAAAGAGAGAGCGUAUGUGGAGCAGAUCGAAAAAGCAUAUUACUACGCCAGUAAGGUUCUGCUUGACUUCUUGAUGGAGGAAAAGGAGCUUGUUUCACGCCUGAGGUCAAUCAAGCAUUACUUCUUAAUGGAUAAAGGUGACUUUUUCGUGCAUUUUAUGGACCUGACGGAGGAGGAACUGAAGAAGCCGGUUGAUGAUAUCAUUCCUCCUCGCCUGGAAGCCCUUUUGGAGCUGGCCCUGAGAAUGAGCACUGCCAACACAGAUCCCUUCAAAGAUGAUUUAAAGAUUGACCUGAUGCCCCAUGAUGUAAUCACCCAGCUGUUGCGUGUCCUUGCUAUAGACACCAAGCAAGAAAAAGCCAUUAUUAAUGCAGAGCCCACAGAGGUGUCACUUAGCGGCCUGGAGGCUUUCUCUUUCGACUACAUCGUCAAGUGGCCACUUUCGCUCAUAAUCAACCGAAAAGCCCUGACAAGAUACCAGAUGCUCUUCAGGCACAUGUUCUACUGCAAGCAUGUGGAGAGGCUGCUCUGUAAUGUGUGGAUCAGCAAUAAAGAAGCGAAGCAAUAUUCGCUACACUCUGCUAAAUGGUUUGCCGCUGCCUUUGCAUUAAGACAACGGAUGCUGAACUUUGUGCAGAACAUUCAGUACUACAUGAUGUUUGAGGUUAUGGAGCCCACGUGGCACAUCAUGGAGAACAAUCUGAAAUCUGCUUCCAACAUUGAUGAUGUCCUGUGUCAUCACACCAGCUUCCUGGAUAACUGUCUGAAGGACUGUAUGCUCACCAACCCUGAGCUGCUUCGCAUCUUCUCCAAGCUCAUGUCUGUCUGUGUUAUGUUCACCAACUGCAUGCAGCGUUUCAUGCAUAGCAUGAGGAUAGACAGUGAGAUGAAGCGCCUGACUCUCGAGCACGGCACUAUGGAGAGCUCUUCAGCCUCGGCUGAGCGGGCAGAAGAGGCAGAGAAAAAAAGACUGGCCUCUAAAUUUCUAGCUGAGCAUGUGGAUGCCCUCCAGUCUGACUCUGGGUUUGAGGCAACCAUCAGCAAGUUUGACAGUAAUUUCAGCACCUUAUUGCUGGAUCUUUUGGAUAAGCUCAGCAUUUACAGCACCAAUGACUGUGAACACAGCAUGAUCAACAUCAUUUACAGGCUGGACUUCAAUGGCUUCUACACGGAGAGAUUGGAGAGAAUGGCCAUUGAGAGGAGCCAGAAAACUGCUUCAUAGCAUCAUUCAUUAUGAAAUUCAAUUGUUUUUAAAGCAUUCAGUAUGCUGAUUUGUUGUUUUUUCACCAAAAUAUGUAGUAUUAUUACAUGGUGCUGUAACAAAGCACUUAGUCUUCUUUGAUUUUUUUUUUUUUCCUCUUUGUUGGAAAUGUAUUUAAUGGUCUUGUACAAAUUUAAUGAAUUCAGCCUGACUGAAAACCCAAUAUAAUAAAGUCAAAAUGUAGCUUU